UACCUCCAAUGUUGGCAGUCUGCAUUCUGUCUGUCAGGGAUCACCCAUUCACCGGGGCACAUCUAUGCGCCAGUGCUGGGUCCCUGUCAGCCAUGAGCAUUCAUCAGCAUUCCUGGCAGCAAUCUCUGGUUACUGAGGGAUGCUUUCACACCGGGAUGUCAUCAGAUUCUCAGCUCACAGGGCCCCUUAUUCACCAUGCUCCAAAACAUGGCUUCUCCCUCUCCUGCCUGUUCUCUCUCCACUCUGUGUGAAAACUUCACCUCUUCAUGAAUAUACAAAUAUCUAUGCAGUCUGA